GGGAGUCGUGCCAGGGCCAAAGAGAGUCGCGGAAGCGUGGCGGGCCGGCUGGGAUUGGGGCGGGUUUGAGGGUGACAGCUGAGCGUUUAAAGGGCCGGGGUCAGUUGACGAAUCCAGCCCGCGUCUAGUCCUGGGGGGCCAGGGUCUCUGCUGCCGCGAGGGAGAGAUGACUGCGGAGCGACCCGGCACAGUGCCCCUGGGCAGACCCGGGAGACCGCGAAUGCUGGGAUCAUGGGGAGUCUGUAGGGUUCAGGUGUUUGCCGCGAUCUUCCUGCUGCUGUUGUCUUCAGCAGGAGUCGGGGCCAGGGCAAAGGACGACUUCAGUCUGGUUCGUCCGCUUGUGACCAUGGAGCAACUGCUGUGGGUGAGCGGGAAGCAGAUCGGCUCUGUGGACACCUUCCGCAUCCCGCUCAUCACCACCACUCCUCGGGGCACUCUCCUUGCCUUUGCUGAGGCCAGGAAAAUGUCAGCAUCGGAUAAAGGAGCUAAGUUCAUUGCUCUGCGGAGGUCCACGGACCAGGGCAGCACAUGGUCUCCAACAGCUUUCAUUGUGGACGAUGGGGAGAGCCCAGAUGGGCUGAACUUGGGGGCAGUGGUGAGCGAUACAACAACAGGAGUGGUCUUCCUUUUCUACUCCCUCUGUGCUCACAAGGCUGGCUGCCAGGUGGCCUCCACCAUGCUGGUGUGGAGCAAGGAUGACGGCAUUUCCUGGAGUUCGCCUCGGAACCUCUCCUUGGACAUAGGCACUGAGAUGUUUGCCCCCGGACCGGGCUCUGGCAUUCAGAAACAGCGGGAGCCUCGGAAGGGCCGGCUCAUUGUGUGUGGCCACGGGACGCUGGAGCGGGACGGGGUCUUCUGCCUCCUCAGCGAUGACCGCGGCGCCUCCUGGCACUAUGGGAGUGGGGUCAGCGGCAUCCCCUAUGGCCAGCCCAAGCGGGAAAAUGAUUUCAGCCCCGACGAGUGCCAGCCCUUUGAGCUCCCCGAUGGCUCAGUGGUCAUCAAUGCCCGGAACCAGAACAACUACCACUGCCGCUGCCGAAUCAUCCUCCGCAGCUAUGAUGCCUGUGAUACUCUGAGGCCCCGUGAUGUGACCUUUGACCCUGAGCUCGUGGACCCUGUGGUAGCCGCAGGGGCUGUGGCCACCAACUCCGGCAUUGUCUUCUUCUCCAACCCAGCCCAUCCAGAGUUCCGAGUGAACCUGACCCUGCGCUGGAGCUUCAGCAAUGGCACCUCAUGGCAGAAGGAGACGGUUCAGCUGUGGCCGGGGCCCAGUGGCUACUCCUCACUGGCAACCCUGGAGGGCAGUGUGGGCGGGGAGGACCAGGCCCCGCAACUCUAUGUCCUGUAUGAGAAAGGCCGGAAACAGUACAUAGAGAGCAUCUCCCUGGCCAAAGUCAGCGUCUAUGGGACACUCUGAGCUGUACACCUGCCAAGGGGAUAGAAGGCCCUGGACUCAGCCUCAGGACCAUGGGUCUGUAGAGGGUCUACUGGAGGAGCCUAGAAGACGGCUCCACCUUCCUUUAGAGUCUAGCGUUUUGCAAAAUCAACUUCUCUUUGACAGGGAAAUCAUUCCUUAGGACUAAAAACCUGGCUUCUCCCACAUAGGAAGAGCUGCCCACACGUGGGGGCACUUCUCUUCCACAUUGCUGGGUCUGCCCUCUCAGGGCAAUGAUUGGUCCUUUUCUUGGACAGGGCUAGGUGGGCCUGUAGCAUUCAAUAAAUGUGAACUCAGGGAAUUGGGGAAGGCUUACCUCUUUGGGGUAAGAUACUGGCUUUGGAGAGGGUUGGUGAAAGUUCCAGAAGGGCAGGACUUUUGGUUUCAAGGUAAGGAACGAGGUGCACCACCCACUUUGACUAUGUAUGAAUCAAAAUGUUUAUAACUUAACGUUCUUAAUGAAGGAGAAUGAAUAUUUGCAGAGUCUCUGUGGUUCUGUCAGUGCACAUCUUCAUGUCUGUUUUCCUCGUGCACACUUGUGGGACUGGGAGUGAGUUUUGGGGAGGAAGCUGGUGUGCUUAUUGCCUGUGGAAAUCUGUGACUUUGGCAAAUCAGAUCCUCCUUUCUUUUUCGCAUUCCUUCUUAUCACAGAAAUACAACUUGCUCUUAACAAGUGUAAUGAGGGGAAGGAGGAGGAGCCUCAUAAGAUAAUUAAAAACUGGCUGUUUUGUAUUUCUAAGGUGGGGUGAGAUACUGUCCUCCAUGAAACAGGGAGCAGGUGUGUUAAAUGCAGAUGAGAAGCCUCUCCCAGGCCAGCCUGGCAGAGAAAUGAGCACUGUGGCAAUUAUGUGAGACAACAACAUCUCAUCCUAAAGGAGAUGCUGUGAAAAGAACAGCUGAGUGGGACAGCCACAGCUUUUCUCCAUAUGGAAAGAAAAUGCAAUGCCUGGAUGAGACGGUAGGAAUGUUCAAGACAUUCUUUUCUUUUUAAAAAAAUAUUUAUUUAUUUAUUUGUUUGCUUGCUUAUUUAUUUAUUUAUUUGGCCGUGCCGGGUCUUAGUUCCAGUUCCGGCAUGCAGGAUCUUCGUUGUUGGUGUGGGAUCUUCGUUGCAGCACCUGGGCUCCUUAGUUGUGGCAUGCAAACUCUUAGUUGCAGCAUGCAUGUGGGAUCUAGUUCCCUGACCAGGGAUCAAACCCGGGCCCCCUGCAUUGGGAGUGCAGAGUCUUAUCCACUGCGCCACCAGGGAAGUCCCUGCACAUUGCAUUUUGAUGUUUCUUAAAUCUCAGUUUACAGUAGGUACACCUCCUAUCCUCUCUUCUUUCUCUCUCUCUUUUUUUUUUUUUUUCUUUUUGAUACCGUCUACACAGAAAUAUGUUCAUUGUCCUGUAGAACGUUCCACUCUCUGGAUUCAUCUGUUUCUUCCUCCGAGUGUCAUUUAACUUUUUUCCUCCAUCUCUUGUAUUUCCAGUUAUCAAACCUGAAGGUUUAAUUAGAUUCAGAUUCCACUGGGUGAGGGAAGCGGGGGGAGGGGGGGGACAAGAUUCCUUCCCAGGUGCUCUGUGUUUCCUCUUGUGCUCCCUCAGGAAGCAAGUGCUGCCCGCUUGUCCCUCUCUGAGUAAAGCUGAAUUGAGUGAUGGGUUCAGAUGGCCAUAGCCUGACCCCUCCUUUGUAAGGUUUCCCCAUCAACCUUCCAACUGACAGUUUCAUCCACAGAUGAGUUUUGCCUGAAUCAAGUAUUUCAUGAGGGGUUGUGAAAUGUUGGUUUUUGAAUUCUAUUAUUUUGUCCUCAUUUAUUAGCUGGAAUUCUUUAGUAAAAAGGAACUGUCCCUCAUCAAGGCUGUUGGGUUACCCUGAAGCAUGAUUUGUAUGGGAAAGUCAGGAUAAAUGCUUCAUUUCUCCCCUUAACUUGCCAGGUCUCAGAGUAACCUGAUGUAAUAUUUUACCUUGGCCAGUAAACCACAUUGUUCCCACACAGGACACACAAACAGAGGCAGAAUCUAUGGGAGACGAACACAGGCAGCAUGGCCGGGGAGGGCGGGCUCUGCUCUUCUAACACAGGUGGACGAAUAGAUAUGACGCAGGAAGUGCAGUGAGGGGGGUGGCAUCUGCAGCAACUGGGACAUCUGCUAUCCACUGCCUGCCACUAAAAAUGCACAUCUGAGAAAGUCUUGCUAACAACUUUAUCAGAAAUAAUGGAGGAGAUAGAGGAAAUGAUACCAUGAAUGUCUGCCACAUGAGCUACUGCCUCGUGAAGUAGACAUGGCAGGGGCCUUGUAAGGAAGUAAUCAUGUUCCUUCUUCAUAGCCAAGAACCCUCAGCUAAGAGAGAGGCUCCUCAAGGAAGGAUCUCCCCCCGCCGGAGGGGGCGGAGUGGAGUCAUUAUAAACCAGAGUCCUGGCCCUACCCCAAACCUGCCUGUAGGUUCAGUGUCUCUAGAAUCAGUCCAGGACCUUGCUUUUUUUUUUUUUUUAAUAUAUUUUAUUGAAGUGUAGUUGAUUUACAAUGUUGUUAAUUUCUGCUGUACAGCAAAGUGAUUCAGUUAUAUGUUUGUAUAUUCUUUUUCAUAUUCCUUUCCAUUAUGGUUUAUCCCAGGAUACUGAAUAUAGUUCCUUGUGCUAUACAGUAGGACCCUGUUGUUUAGCCAUCCUAUAUGUAAUAGUUUGCAUCUGCUAAUCCCAAACUCCCAAUCCAUCCCUUCUCCGCCUCCACUCCCCGUUGGCAACCGCAAGUCUGUUCUCUGUGUCUGGGAGUCUUUUUCUGUUUUGUGGAUAAGUUCAUUUUUGUCAUAUUUUAGAUUCCACAUAUAAUUCCUCUAAUAAUUGGCGAUGUCGAGCAUCUUUUCAUGUCCCUGUUGGCCAUCUGUACAUCUUCUUUGGAGAAAUAUCUAUGUAGGUUUUCAGCCCAUUUUUCAAUUGGGUUGUUUUUGUUUUGUUUAUUUUGUUGUUAUUGAGAUAUAUGAGCUGUUUGUAUAUUUUGGAAAUUAAGCUUUUGUCGGUCACAUCAUUUGCAAAUAUUUUCUCCCAAUUCGUAGGUUGUCUUUUCAUUUUGUUUAUGGUUUCCUUUGCUGUACAAAAGCUUGUAGUUUGAUUAGGUCCCAUUUGUUUAUUUUUGCUUUUAUUUCUAUUGCCUUGGGAGACUGACCUAAGAAAACAUAGGUAUGAUUCAUGUCAGAGAAUGUUUUGCCUAUGUUUUCUUGCAGGAGUUUUAUGGUGUCAUGUCUUAUAUUUAAGUCUUUAAGCCAUUUUGAGUUUAUUUUUCUCUAUGUUGUGAGGGUGUGUUCUAACUUCAUUGAUUUACAUGUGGCUGCCCAGCUUUCCGAACACCACUUGCUCAAGAGACUGUCUUUUCUCCAUUGUAUAUUCUUGCCUCCUUUGCAGGGCCUUGCAUUUUUUUUUUAAAUAAAUUUAUUUAUUUUUGGCUGUGUUGGGUCUUCAUUGCUGCACACGGGCUUUCUCUAGUUGCAGCGAGCAGGGGCUACUCUUCGUUGCAGUGCGCGGGGUUCUCAUUGUGCUGGCUUCUCUUGUGCGGAGCAGGGGCUCUAGGUGUGCGACCUUCGGUAGUUGUGGCUCACAGGCUCAGCAGUUGUGGCUCACGGGCUCUAGAGCCCAGGCUCAGUAGUUGUGGCACACGGGCUUAGUUACUCCAUGGUAUGUGGGAUCUUCCCAGACUAGGGCUCGAACCCGUGUCCCCUGCGCUGGCAGGUGGAUUCUUAAUCACUGCGCCACCAGGGAAGUCCAGGCCUUGCAUUUUUAAAAGGAACUACAGGAGAGUCUAACACUGCGGUCUUUGGGCUGCACUUUGAGAAACUGUCUCUUAGACGUUUUAGCCUAGACUUAGGAAGACUAGAUUUCAAAACAUUGAAGAAAAGAUCUCAAAAGAGAAACUGUUUCAACAGGAAGAAUUUGUGUUUAAAAAACACCAAUAACCAUAAAAGAUGGCAGGGACCGAACCUGCCUGUUUACCUGGGCAUCUUAAACCCCGCCACAACACCUAGCACAUGGUGGAUGCUUAAUACAGGAGGAAAGACAAGUCCAGCAUGGGUAAGGAGCUGGGCCAGUGUUUCUAAGUGUGGUUCCAGGUAGGUGGCAGCCACUCCCUGGGAACAUGUUAGAAACGCUUGACCUUCCCCCUAUACUGACCACCCCUUUCCCCACCAGACCUGCAGAAUCAGAAGCUCUGGAGGUGGGCCCCAGCACUCAGUGUGUUAGCAAACCCUCCAGGGGAUUCUAAUGCACAUUCAAGUUUGAAAGCCAGGGUUAGAACACAAGUCAGGGGUGCAGAAAGGACUGAAGAAUUGUCAGUUGGUUGGCUUUUUUUCUUUUAAUAUAAAGGAGGAAUUAGAAGGAGUGGCAGGAGACUGAAAGGGGAAGGUAUGUGCUUAUUUGUACAAAUAGGACAAAGUGGACUUUGAAAACUACAGCCUGUGAGUGCCACCUGGAUCAGCAGCGAAAUUCUAGCAUGGAGCCCUAACCCCCUAACACAGGCCCUUCUGCCCCCUUCGAAGCCUCUCACCCCUCCCCCCAGCCCCUUGGCUCGGCAUUGAAAGGGCUCUGGGCUCUCCCUGUUUAUCAGGCUGCCCUUAAACAAUAGAAGGAGCCUAACAGGUAAUAUUGAGCAGCAAAUACCAGGGACCAGGCACCAGGUACAGUUUCUCACCAAUUCAGUCCUCACAACCAGAAGUCAUUAUCAGGAAGGAGCAGGACAAGGUUCAUCAUUUUUGCCCCCAAAAAAGGAUUAGGAAAGAAGAUCUAAGACAUAGGCUUGCAAUUCUUUUUGACAAAAAACAAAAACACACACACACAAAAAAUAAACAAAAACGGACUUAAAUUUACCACAAGGAAAGGGUAGAUCUUCCCUUUCCUAAUAUUCUGGAUAGAAUAUUUUUUAAAACACAUUUUUAGGGAAUUCCCUGGCGGUCCAGUGGUUAGGACUCUGCGCUUUCACUGCCGAGAGCCCAGGUUCAAUCCCCAGUCCAGGAACUGAAAUAGCGCAAGGCGCGUGGCUCGGCCAAAACAAAAAAAAACAAAAAAAAACACAUUUUUACUGUAGGGCUUUGUUGGUGAGAAAGUAAGGGAAAUCUUCAAAAACCAUAAAUAAUGGACAGCAAGAACCCAGAAAAACAAAUGAGCCCUGGAGCUGGCAUUUGCCCUGAGGACAUCAGUCAAUGCUCAGUGACCAAAUCAGGAUUACAGUGGAUCACAGAUUUGCAGUCAGGAUAUAAAGCCAAGGUCCUGAAAAGUUCUGGAAAUUGUGAAAGGAAAAUCAAAUGGAGUUGGUACUCUAAGAGAGCUCUCUAAAAUGGAGCUGGGAGGCCAUUAAGGAAAUGUGACUUAUACACAUCUCAGCCUGGAUGGAAUCUGACCUUUUGACCUUAUGAAGUCAUCCAGAACACCUGCUAGAAACUCAAGAUACAUAUAAAGUAACUCGUGACAGUCUACUUAUCAGACCCCUACCCUAAAACAACCUGUGAUUCCCUGUGGACAAAUAUUUUCUGACUUAGUCAAUCCUAAUUCUCGCCAGGCAACUUUUAACAACCUUGUGGCUUUGUGUCUUUAUGAGCCCCUGACUCUUUCUUUUCCUUGGAACGCAUUUUUGGGGUUACCCGAAUCUGUGUCUCCCUAACUGCAAUUCUUAAGACUCCAGAUAAACUCUUUUCUUAUUUGCAGCCUCCUGCACUAUUUUUUUUUUUUAGUUGACAAAGUUAAAAAAGAGCACUUUUCCCACCCCCGCCCCGGGGUGGGAAAGCAGUACUGCCUUGGGUGCAAAAUUUAAGAGAACACCAAAAAACUCAGGAAUCAAGAUAAAUCAUGUUUCAGUGCAAUUAAAAAAAAGUCAAAUUGGCAAACUACAGCUCACAGGCUGACUACUCUUUGUAAAUAAAGUAUCAAAAGGCCGCAUCUUCAGUGUGCGAACUGGCCUCCAUCUUUGCUCUGGAUAGAGGGGGGGAAAAGAAAAGGAAAAUAAAUAAAAGUAUCUGGAAAAUUCCUAACAAAAAGUUCAUACUCCCGUGGGAUUAACACCAGAAGUCACAUUUCCUGUGGCCUCCAAGUCUGCCAGCCACACAUUUAGCAGUACCUGGUCUUAAGCUCAGUGGUGAGUACAUGUUGUUUAUUAGUCUUCUUUAAAUUGUACAUAAUUAUUAUAUACACUUUUGUGUAUAAUAGUAAGUAGAAGGAAAAUUUAAAAUAAAAUAAAAUGAAAUAGAAAGAAAUAAAAGGGACAAAUAAAUAAAUAGAAGGAAAAAGAUAAAUGGAGACCUCUGGGUAACUUGGCAAAAAUACAACCACAAAGGGACUUCCCUGUGGUCCAGUGGUUAAGAAUCCGCCUUCCAAUGCAGGGGACACGGGUUUGAUCCCUGAUCGGGGAACUAAGAUCCCACAUGCUGCAGGGCAACUAAGCCCACACUCCACAACUAGAGUGCCCAUGCACCACAACUAGAGUGCCCACGCACCACAACUAGAGAUCCCGUACGCUGCAACGAAAAAUCCCGCAUGCCACAACUAAGGCCCAACACAGCCAAAAAUAAAUAAAUAAAUAUAUAUAUUUAAAAAAAUACAACCACAAAGGUGGUGUCCAGAGCGAAUGCCAACGUGCAUCAAGAGGAUGAGGUUGGAGGGAAGAGUGAAGAUGCAUAGUCAGCUUUAUGCUUCAGUAUCUUAAGUCCACCUAACUUUGUGAUGUUCCUAUCAACCAAUUUAAGGGAGGUGUGUUGUUUAACCUCCACCAAGCUUGGUUUUGGUAUUUUGGAAUCCCUGAAGCCGUUGUAAUGCCCUUGCCAUUGGAGGUGGGAGCCUGGUAGAGAGCAGCUAACAUGUUCCUUGGCCAAGAUUCUAAAAGGAGAGGUCAGGGGAAGGCCAGUGCCUCUGCACAUCUGAGUCUCAGCAAGGCAUUUGAUAAGGUCAAGGGUACCACAGGGAAAUUUCCUGGACCCAUGUAUACAAAAAAGAGGGAGAAUUCCUUUGCCACCCCUGGAGGACAAUUUUACACCAACCCCUUACACACACAAUACUGUAAAUACAGGAAAAGAAUGAAUCAUUUCUCCUACGUUUGCAGUAGGAAAAAAUAAUUCAGAUUAGACAAAGUACGAGUUGAUGAGAUGACUUAUUACUUGUUUUACAGAAGAAUGUCAGCAAAUAAGUGUAGAAAGAAUAAUCAAAUUGGAAAAUCAUCAUUUUGCAAACUUGAGUGAAAAUUCCCAUUUGAAAGGUGCCCUCCCUGAACCAGGAGUACAAGAAGUUGGCGACCAAGAGAAUUCUAUACAGACAGAACUUGUUGGGAAUUCCCUGGUGGUCCAGUGGUUAGGACUCAGCGCUUUCACUGCCAUGGGCCCAGGUUCAAUCCCUGGUUGGGAAACUAAGAUCCCACCAAAAAAAAGAAACACACAGAACCUGUUAAAAGUAAUUCUUACCUUCUUUAGCCUCCCCCCAUAGUUUAGACACUUUUCCACAAUUGUCUCUUUUGUUCAACCUUACGUAAAAGCAAGUAUGCCAUGUCUUUGGGUUUUCAUUUCUUUAUGAAGUCUCGUGUCAUGUAAAACUUAAAUAAAUGUGUAUGCUUUUCUCCUGUUAA